AUGGCUCCUCAACUAGCAUGGUUGGGACUGGGAAACAUGGGUAGGGGCAUGUGUAAGAAUCUGGUGGAGAAAGGAAACCUAUCUCAGCCCCUUAUCAUCCACAAUCGAACAGUCAAGAGAGCAGAGGAGCUGUCGGCCAAGAUUGGGCACUCACAAGUAGCUUCAUCGAUUGGGGAUGCUGCCGCACGCGCCGACAUCAUUUUCUACUGCUUGGGUGAUGAUCCAGCGGUCCUGUCAACGCUGGACGAGAUUCUCAAGGUCAAUGUGGAAGGCAAAGUCAUCGUUGACUGCAGCACCGUUCAUCCAGACACGACAGCACAGGAAGCACGACUCGUCGAGGAGAAAGGGGCAAGCUUCGUUGCAUGUCCUGUCUUUGGCGCUCCAUCAAUGGCCGACGCUGGUCAAUUGAUAUGCGUCCUGUCAGGAAAAGCCGAUGCGGUCGACAAGGUGAAGCCGUACUGCAAAGGUGUCAUGGGCCGUGAGAACAUCGAUUUCUCCGGUCAGGAGCCACGUAAGGCCACGUUGUUGAAGGUCCUGGGCAACACCUUCAUCCUCAGCAUGAUCGAAACACUCUCAGAGGGCCAUGUCGCAGCCGAAAAGACAGGACUAGGUGUUCAAGAGCUUCACAAGUUCAUUGAGAUUAUGUUUCCCGGCCCAUACACCGCAUACUCGAACCGCAUGAUGUCUGGAGACUACUAUCAGCGAGAAGAGCCUUUGUUCGCCGUGGACCUCGCCCGAAAAGACGCACGCCAUGCCAUGGAUUUGGUAUCAAAGGCUGGUGGACACAUGAAGAACGUCGAACUGGCGGAUGGAUAUCUCAAAGUUGUGAAGGAGAAUCAAGGAGAGAAGGGUGAUAUCGCAGGGAUUUACGGUGCGAAGAGACUGGAGGCAGAUCUACCAUUUGGAAAUCAGCAAAAAUGA